AUGGUAUAUUAUAACGUACCAUUGAGCGCCCUGGUCGAGACGAGCUUCUCGCACACGGAAGACGAGACGAGCUUCUCGCACACGGAAGACGAGACGAGCUUCUCGCAUACGAAAGACGAGACGGGCUUCUCGCACACGGAAGACGAGACGAGCUUCUCGCAUACGAAAGACGAGACGGGCUUCUCGCAUACGAAAGACGAGACGGGCUUCUCGCACACGGAAGACGAGACGAGCUUCUCGCAUACGAAAGACGAGACGGGCUUCUCGCACACGGAAGACGAGACGAGCUUCUCACACACCGAAAACGAGCAUACGGUUCCAGCUAGAGAAAGCUGA